AAGGUGUUUCCUAACCUGUUGCCUUGGGCGAGCCGAGCCCUUCCUUUUCCCGCGGGGAGCGGCGGUAUUGUCCCCGCAGGAGAAGCUCUUGAAAAGUACAUUAAGUCUAAAGUGAACCAAUUCACUGUCAGGCAGUACUGGAACCAUGAGCAGUAACGGGACAGACCUCACCAUUGGCUUCUUCUCCUCUUCUGUAGCUGUCCUUUUGUAUGGCUCAAACUUUGUACCACUUAAAAAAUAUGACACUGGUGAUGGAAUGUUUCUCCAGUGGGUACUUUGUGCUUCCAUAUGGCUGGUUGCCUUGGUGGUCAAUCUGAUAUUACGCUGUCCUAAGUUUUGGCCUUUUGCGAUGGUUGGAGGCUGCAUUUGGGCAACAGGGAACAUUGCUGUUGUCCCAAUUAUCAAAACCAUUGGUUUAGGCCUUGGAGUCUUAAUCUGGGGAUCAUUUAAUACCUUAACAGGCUGGGCAAGCUCAAGGUAUGGCUGGUUUGGAACAGAUGCAGAAGAAGUAUCAACACCGCUGCUAAAUUACUUUGGAGCCGGGCUGUCAGUAGUAAGUGCUUUCAUAUUUUUGUUAAUCAAAAGUGAAAUACCAAGUAACACAUGUUCUGUGGACACCACAUCAUUAUUAACAGAGCAUGUGAUGAGCAAAACCGAAGAAUCCUGUCCUGAUUAUUCCUGGGUGGAUAAACUUUCUGCAGCGCAACACCGCAUAGUGGGCUGCAGUCUUGCGGUGGUGUCUGGAAUACUCUAUGGAUCUACAUUUGUGCCAAUCAUUUACAUCAAGGACCACAGCAAAAGAAAUGACAGCACAUAUGCAGGGGCAAGCCAGUAUGAUUUAGAUUAUAUGUUUGCACACUGCAGUGGCAUCUUCCUUACAAGUACGGUCUACCUUCUGGUGUACUGUAUAGCCAUGAAAAAUAACCCUAAACUAUAUCCUGAAGCAGUGUUGCCAGGAUCCUUGUCUGGGGUACUUUGGGCAAUAGCUACCUGCUGUUGGUUCAUAGCUAAUCACGCUCUCAGCGCUGUGGUCAGUUUUCCAAUAAUUACUGCUGGUCCAGGACUUAUAGCUGCAAUGUGGGGUGUCUUCGUGUUUAAGGAAAUACAGGGUCUACGAAAUUACCUCUUGGUGAUAUUUGCAUUUUGCAUCAUCCUGACUGGAGCGUUAUGCACGGCUUUUUCUAAACUCUAACAAUCACAAGACCAGCAGAUGGCAGCAGUGGUUAAGAGAAUGCAUCUACUGGACACUAGCAAGGUGGUGCUGAGAACAGAGUUCAUUUUCAUACAGCAAAUGAAUCUAACCUGUCUUGAACGGGUAAAUGAUAUUUAUCACAAAUAUGAAAAUAAAGGAAACCUGAGUUUCAGUCAAGUAUAAAAAUGAAAAAUUCUUCUAAUGAACUAUUUAUGUAGGCAGGACUUUACUGGGUCACUAAAACUAUGUUCUUAUAGCAUUACAUCUGAGAGUGUGCCUUUUACCAUGGUAUGUACUUAGUGUUGUAUAAUCCAGAAAAUAGUGUGGAGUUCACAUACAAAGAAUUGUUUAUAUGUCCAAAUUUCCAACAUAUUACCCUCACUAAUGAAGAGAGGCAGAAAACUGGGAGGAGGGGAGAAGAAGAGGACCUACCUUAUCAUGGAAUGAGAUUCUAAAGAUAUCUGGGUCCUUUGCUUGAAAAAGUAAAUGUCAGAGUUGGUAAAUGAAUGUUAAAAAGGCCAUUUCAUUACUUUUAACUCAAACUUAUUUUUACUUCAAAUUAAUAUUGCCCAACUCUCUGUCACCCACCUAUCUUAGCUCAAAAUGCUUUUGAUAAUCUCCAGAUAAAAUCCCUUUUCAAAGAACAGAAAUUUCCCAACCAGUGGGAAUAUUUGUAUAACACAUAUACAUACAUAUGCAAAUACAUGCAAACGUAAAUACACACACAUAUAUGUAUGUACAAGUCUAUAUUUCGGGGAAAUUCUAGAGUUGCUGAAGUGAGAGUCUACCUUAUCAGAGUGAGAAUUUAAAGGGAUCAAACACACUUUUAGAUGUUUUUUUUUUUUCCUGAAAUAGGCUUUUCUAAAAUAUUAUCUUCUAACCAGAGAUUUUCUUCUUGUUUUAACCUGUGGUUACCACUAGGCCAAAGAAAAUGGCAUUAUUCUGUUUUUAUUUAUUUAAGAAAGCUGAAAUGGAACUGCCAGCGCAAAGUUUAUAGCAAUGGUAGCCAAAUUCUCAAAAUAAUAGAGCCUCUAGUUAAGUGCACACUUCUCCGAUUUCACCCAAUGGUACACCACUUUGUUAUUCCUGCAGAGACAGAAUAGCAUUCUGCCUCAGUGUACAAGCUCUGGAACUAACCUGUAUGGAUUUAAAUCCCAUCUCUGCUUCAUCUUAAUUGUAUGACUUUGAAUAAGCCCCUGAGCCCCCUUUAUCAGGUUCCUCACCUGUAAAAUUGAGAUGAUAAUAUCCAGCUUAUGUGGUUAUUGUGAGGUUCAAGUUAAUUAAAAUCUAUAAUGUAUGUUCAAUGAUUGCCUGGCACUUGGUAAACAUUAUAUAAUUCUUAGCUAUUAUUACCUAUUGAAAAAGAAAAUAUGUGUCUAUAGAUGGGAGAAAACCUUGUAAGAGCUAUUGUCCUCAUCACUACCCCACUGAAACAACUAUUAUUCCUCUAUAUGAGUGCAAUUUAAAAAUGAUACUGGAGUCCCUGUUUAAUUAUUGAAUUGCUAAUAUAAAUAAAUAUUUGAUCAUAACACCUUACAAAAAUUUGUUGUAAUUUUAACCUCAAAUAGUCAUUAAUUAUAUUGAUAACUGAAUAAACUGACAUGAUGC